GGCGCGUACGCCGAAGGGAGUAGCUCUCCGGCUGCGGCUGGAAUGUGAAGCUAGCGAGCGAGGCAGGGAGGAAACGCCGGAGAAGGCAGUCGGAGGUAACUUUGAAUACUAGAAGUUGUGAGUGAACAUUAUAAAAUAUCUCUGCUUGGUUUUGGAAGAGUCCCUCUGUUUCAAUAUAUCUGGAGAUGGACAUAACUCAUACUAUACAGAACUUCUAAUGAAGAUUUUUUUUUGUUGUCUAAGCACCAGUAACUAAGUUUUCUGAUAUUGAAGCUAUCUGGAUCCAACAUGUAGCAGAUAACUACUAUGCCGCCAUACUUCUAGACCACAUUUUGUUUUUUAAACCUCCUUGUAUAUCAACAGUGAACGAAUUAUCUUUAUUCCUCUUUUGGAUUUUGUUAACUAAAAUUCAAGUUGGAUUUCAAGUGGUAUUAAUUAAACUGAGGAACAAUGAGUAGUAGUCUUGGAAAAGAAAAAGAUUGUAAAGAGAAGGAUCCCAAAGUGUCUUCAGCAAAAGAAAGGGAGAAAGAGGCCAAGGCCUCUGGUGGAUUUGGGAAAGAAAGUAAAGACAGAGAAUCUAAGACCAAAGGGAAGGAAACCAAAGAUGGGAAGAAGGACUCCAGUAGUGCACAGCCAGGCGUGGCUUUUUCAGUAGACAACACAAUAAAACGGCCCAAUCCAGCUCCAGGGGCCCGUAAAAAGUCCAGUAAUGCUGAGGUGAUCAAAGAGUUAAACAAAUGCCGGGAAGAAAAUUCAGUACGUUUGGACUUGGCUAAGAGGUCUAUACAUCUGCUCCCAUCAUCUAUCAAAGAGUUAACCCAGUUGACGGAACUUUAUUUAUAUGGAAAUAAGUUACAGUCACUACCUGCUGAGGUAGGCUGUCUUGUGAAUCUGGAAACUUUGGCCUUAAGUGAGAACUCACUCACCAGCCUUCCGGACUCUCUUGGUAACUUGAAACAGCUUCGCAUGGUUGAUCUACGGCAUAACAAAUUGAGAGAGAUUCCUCCUGUGGUGUAUAGGCUAACUUCCCUUACUACACUUUAUCUGCGCUUUAAUCGUAUCACUUCAGUGGAAAAGGAUAUCAAGAACUUGUCCAAUCUCACCAUGCUAAGCAUACGGGAGAACAAAAUCAAACAACUCCCUGCAGAAAUUGGUGAGUUGUGUAACCUCAUAACCCUGGAUGUAGCCCACAAUCAGCUUGAACAUCUUCCAAAGGAGAUUGGCAAUUGCACACAGAUCACCAAACUUGAUCUACAGCACAAUGAACUUUUGGACCUUCCAGACACUAUAGGAAAUCUAUCUACUUUGAAAAGCCUUGGUCUGAGAUAUAACCGUCUCUCAGCAAUACCCAGGACUCUGGCACAGUGCAGUAAACUUGAUGAGUUAAAUUUGGAAAACAACAUUAUUUCUACUUUGCCAGAGGGUCUCUUAUCCAGUCUUGUGAAUCUGACUAGCCUAACUCUGGCACGGAACUGUUUUCAAUCUUAUCCUGUGGGUGGUCCUUCACAGUUCUCUACUAUCUACGCUCUAAAUAUGGAACAUAACCGCAUUAACAAAAUUCCUUUUGGAAUUUUUUCUAGAGCAAAAGUAUUAAGUAAGCUGAACAUGAAGGACAAUCAGCUGACAUCACUUCCCCUGGAUUUUGGGACAUGGACUAGUAUGGUGGAACUCAAUUUAGCGACAAAUCAACUCAACAAAAUUCCUGAGGAUGUAUCUGGACUUGUUUCUCUUGAGGUUCUUAUUUUGUCAAAUAACCUCCUAAGAAAUCUCCCACAUGGCAUUGGAAAUUUGAGGAAACUGAGAGAAUUGGAUUUAGAGGAAAAUAAGCUGGAAUCUUUGCCAAAUGAAAUAGCAUACCUUAGGGAUUUGCAGCGACUGAUCCUAACGAAUAAUCAGUUGAGCACUCUUCCUAGAGGAAUUGGUCACCUUAUCAAUCUGACACAUCUGGGGCUAGGAGAAAACUUUCUUACACAGCUUCCUGAGGAAAUUGGUACACUGGAGAAUCUGGAAGAACUGUAUCUAAAUGACAACCCACAUCUAAACAGCCUUCCUUUUGAACUGGCUCUUUGCAGCAAACUAUCCAUAAUGAGCAUUGAGAACUGUCCGCUCAGUACCCUUCCAGCUCAGAUUGUUGCAGGUGGACCUUCCUUUAUCAUCCAGUUUCUCAAAAUGCAAGGACCAUAUCGAGCCAUGGUCUGACUGAUAUCUUCCCCGAUGAUGUACAAAAUAUAAAUGGCUUUUGUGGUGUCAUUAUGUAUAUAGUAUCUAGGCUACAUGGUGCCCAGUGUGGAUAAAAUGGAUUGUCCCGUACACUCUACUAAAUGCAAACUGCACUGUUAGUAUUGUGUAUUUGUGUAAAUAUAAUAUAAUAUAUAGAUUGUAUAUUAUAUUAUAAAACAAAUAAUAUAAAACAGGCAAAUUUCAGACCACACAUAUGUGUUCCUGCUCAUAGAGGAAACAUAGCCAUUUAGAUUUUUUUUUCCAUUGUAAAUGCUUGUUCAAGUUUUCUUUAGUGAAUUUAAUGGUUAUCUGGAUAAUUUGGUGUACCAGUUCACUGAAAACAAUGUCAAUUAACUGCUGAUCAAUUUAAGGGAAAAUAUUUUUAAACCAAGCCUUUUCCUGUUGGAUAAAAAGCAACUUAGUCACACAAAUUAUUUUGUCAUUCCUUGUAGUUCUCAUUUUGUGACAAAAUAUUGGAAUUAUUUGUAUUUUUCUUUAUUCUGGAAAAUCCUUUAACUUAUUUUAAGUUUUAAAAUGAAUGGUCUUGUAUGUUUACAGUCAGGGUAUGUCACUGGAUUGGGGGUGGCGUGGGAUUUACUCUGUUUUAUUGAAUCUAGAAGUUGUAUUCUUCUGCUGAGGGCUUUUUAUUGACUGAUUCAUAUUAUUGCAAAAAUAUAAGCAACUAGUUAGUGAAAAGAAAGUAAGUCCAACAGAAGCUUGAGUUCCUUUGAAUUCAUCAGUUGUAAGCAUAUCAUAGUGAAGAAACAAUUAUUUUAUGGUUGCCUCAUUUAGUAUAAGCAACAUUUUUCACUUUAAGAAGUGACAAAUUUGUAGAAAAGUAUCAUGUUCUGUUAAGAUUUAGUAUUGCGUCAAUGAUGGAUCUGAAAUGCAACAGAUAAUUGUAAGGGUUUUUCCUGGUCUUUGUGCAAUUAAUGAAUGUGUCUUUUUUUGAAACCCUGCAGUAUACGUAAAAUUUAUGGUCGGUUGACAAUGUUACUCUGGUUUUAUAUCUUGCCUUGCCUUGUACAUCCUCCCAUUAUUAUGGAGUGUCUGCGUCAAAGCACAAUAUCUUCAUGCUGUGCUGUUUUGCUGCUGAACUAAAUGCACUUUUCCCUGUAAAAAUGGGACACUUGCUUCAAAAUAAUCAGUUCAGUACCAUGAUUUAUUCUUUUAACCUCAUCCUAUCAAUCUCAGUAUUAAAAACUGGUCUGUUUGGAAAAUAAGGACACUUUUUCAUUUGUAUUUAGAAUAUGAUUGCUCAGUAGAAAACCAUUAAGUGAUUGAAUAGAAAACAUGCGGUUUAUUGUCAUUUUCAUGGCUGUACAAAGGGCUAAUGAUGCUGCAGUGAUUCUUGCUACUGCACUUGAUGUGCUAUUUCGAAUUGGAUGCUCACAUAGCAAUUACAUUUGAGAUAAAUUGGUUUUCAGUUUCAAUUCAUUAUGAUGGGUUUGCUUAAGGGAUUCUAGAAUUAAAAAGGUUCUUUAAAUUAUACAUCAUAGAUGUCAGAUAAUUUUUUCAUUUGUGGUAAAAAGUUUGUGUUUUUUUAUUUUGAUAUUAAUGUCUAUUUGAUAGGCACAAUCCUGAGAUCAUCAGAUAUACUUAUUCUGUUGAAAUCAACACAAUUCAUUGAACGUUUCACUCAUAAACACCAAUAAGCUCUGAGUAAAUACUUCUUAAGAUUGUUUUGUAAGAGCCAUUGAUUUUAGUGGUUGUGAAUGUUCUUUUAGAUUGAGUCAGCAUAAUUUACUUCCUUCAUCUGUGAGGUGAAUUUUAGCAUUCAUUAAUUUUAUCUCUGGCAAGGAAGAAAUCCUUUAAGAAAGGCAGGCAGAGAUAUAAAACCUUAAAGGGCUAUUUUAGAUGUCAGUGGACUUGCAAAAUAUUAUUGGGUUGGACCAGAUUUAUACAUAUCUCAUUGGAUGAUAAAAGUAGGCUUAGAAGGAUCUCAUCAAGGGAAUUGUUGAAUUUGACAAGCUUUUGGGAUUGUUUGCUGAAAAAGAAGAUAAUUGAUAACAGUGUCUUUCAUAAGAGUGUCCCUCUUUGUCUCUCAGAUAUUGGUAAACUACAUGGAGAAACUCGGACCUUAGGUCACCGGGAAACUAAUGUGGAGAAAGCAAUCUAAUCUUACCAGUUCUAUUAACCAGUAUAGCUGAAUUCAUACCAUCGAUUUUCCACCACUUUCUUUAAAGUAAAUAUAUGAAUAUCUAAUUAACCUGGAUACUUGUUGAUAAUAAUGUAUAGUUGCAGCUGCCUACAAGCAAUCUGUCUGAAUAUUGAAGUGUUAAAAUACAAAGAUGCUUAUAGUGGUGGUUAAAAGAUUAAAAUCUACUUUUUGCUGAAGUUGUAAACGUGUUCCAUUUAUUUAGUAUGUGUAUAUUUAAUUCGUUGCCCACAUGCACUUUUGUUUUAGGUGGAAAUAAUCUUUUUCCAGUCAAUUGUUUCUUUUAUUUUUUAAAGUAAGAGUUUAGCCAUAUGUUAAACAUUUUGCUAGAAAGGAUUGAAAAUAUUUCAGUAAAUUUUUAGAGUUAAAGUAGGAUAGUACACUCAUAGUAGGCAGGAUUCACCUACCACUUGGUGGACUUGUGGCAGAUUAAAUUUAUAGUUUAAUCUGUAAAUAUAUUGAUAUAAAUGUUCAUGUUAAAAAUAUUAUUUGACUAUUUUUCUUUAAAAAAAUCACUUGCAUGUUAGAAACUAUUCACUGAUUUUUUUAAAAAAAUUAUUGAAAAAAGUUUAAAAAGCAGUGGAACUGGAAACCUGCUUCAGCAUAGCUUGGUUUAUUAAUAUAAACCAUAUAUUGUAAGAAUGUAUUCUGAAAUAUAUUCUGAUAGUUGGAACAGAAAUCACAAUACUGCCAACUCCUGUUUAGAUUUAGUUUUUGUUAAAUAAUAAAUUUACAAGAAAAUGUAAUUAUUGGCUACACAGCAUUAUAUACAUAUUAUAAAAAAAAUAAUUUUUACUUUAAAAAUUGAAUUUAUGAUUCCUGAAAAGUAUGUAGCUUGCUGUAUUGGUGCCAUCAGAUUUUGAGAGGAAAUUCUAUAAUUAUUUGAUUUUUACUGAAACAUUUAAAGAUAUAUCUGUAGAGAAUUUUACUUUCUCUUGUUUACUAUACAGGUAGCCCUCAACUUACAACCACAACAGGGACUUGAAAAUGUGUUAUUAAGCAGUGUGGUUGUUAAAUGAGUUAUCACAUGACCACACCCAAUUUUAUGAUCUUUUUGACUGUGUUCAUUAAACAAGACAUCAUAUGACCACAGCUUACAAUCUCCAUCCAGCUAUCCCAUUGAUUUUGGUUGUCAUAAACCAGAUAGGAGGCUCACAAAUGGAGAUCAGGUGAUUGCAGGAUGCUGUGACUGUGGUAAAUGUGUGACAGUUGCUAAGCACCUGAAUUGUGAUCAUGUAAUGCAGAGAUGCUGCAAUGGUCAUAAAUCUGAGAGCUAGUCGUCAGUCACUUUUUCCCUUGUAACUUUGAACAGUCAUUAAAUGAAUGGUCAUUAAGCAGGGAUUACCUGUAGAUUUUGUAAUAAUACUCAUUCACCUUUUGGUAAAAAAAUCAAUGUAUUCAAUCAAGUCUCUCUGAAAGAUUCUGAUAACAGACAAUCCAUAUCUUCCAAUAACAAAGAUCCAUUUAGUUCAACUAAUUUAAUAAGGUUUGUAUAUAAUAAUAAGCUUUAUAGUUGGAUUUAAUUUUUGGUUUAGCAAAUCCAUCUCAAUUAAGAAACAAUAACAUUCUUUUUCCAACAUAUUACAAUUUGAAAUUGAACUUGAGUUUAAAGCUUAUAUCUCCUGUGUCUGAACGCAUAAUUGUGGCUUGCCUUUGUUUUUGUGGUUUGCCCAUUUUUUGGAUUAUUGGAAAGAAGUUGGCAAAAAUAAACCAACUGGAGUCAUAUAAAAUAGUGGUUAUGAUUUGUCUCUGUUCAAUAACCAUUCAUCCAAUAAAUCUUGGCUUAAUGUUUAUGAAUACAGCCAUACAUUUGUUCAGAAUGUGUAAAGUAGAUUUCUUAAUAUAUCCGGAAAAAUUCUCAGCCCUGUUUCAACAGUUGCUAUCAAAUUUUAAUAUUGAAGAAAAAGAAGGUUAUUAAAUAUAUGAGAAAUAAUAUCAAGAAUCUUUAUAUUAAAUCUAUUUUUUGUUUGGGCUUUAAUUUUGGAGUAAUGUCUUCCAUGUGUUGUUCAACGGUCAAGUGCAGUUCUCAGCUUAAAAAAAAGUUUCAUACCUUUCCACAUCUAUGGAACAAAAUGAACUCUCCUCUAAUUGCAUGUAAUUGCAUAGUUGUCAGUAUCAUUGGAUGUACAGUACUCCAGUCUUAACUUAUCUACUGUAGCAGCUAAUAGUAUUUUAAUGGCAAAUAGGACAGAAAGGAAACUUAAAUUUCACUUGCACUAUUGCAGUAGCCUAUUAGAAUUAUAAAUUAUGAUAUUUUUUCAUGAUAUUUUGAGAGAGAGAGAAUUCAGUCCUACUAUCUAGGAAUAAAUUACAACAUUGAAAUACUAAUUGGCACUAUUUGUCUUUUCAAAAUGAAUUUAUAUGUCUUUGUUCUAUAUCAUACUUAGAAUUUUAGUAGUCUACAUUCAGUGCCAUUGUCUUAAAAGGUUUUUCCUAAAUUUCCUUGGUGGCUAUUUAAAAUAAUAAUUUGAUUAAUAAUUUAAAGUUCUUAAAAUUUAUCUUUGCAAAUCUGAUAUUGUAUGAAUGAUUUUUUUUUUACUGGCAAAACAGGAUUUCCUCCACUGCUGUUGCCAAUCUCCACCAGAAUUCCCAAUGCUCUUUCAAAAUCUACUUUGGAGUGCAUCCCCAUCUCAGGGCAUUUUGACUAUGAGGCGAGAUCUUCAGGGUAAUGAAUCACCCUCCUCUAAUUCUAGAGGACAGCCAUCAACAUAAAAACAGCAUUCAAUUCCAAGCUGCGUUUGGAAGAGAAUUGUGCACCCUAAAAUAGUUUGCCAAACAUUUCUAAGAAGAGAGGUCUACUUGCAAUCAAGACAAGUAAAGUUUAAAAUGGAAUGUUUCACCUGGGCAAUUUUUGGAAUGAUUUUAUAUUCUUCACAUACUGGGGAGGGAAAAAAUAUUUUCCGGAUUAUUCAAAAUCCUGAAUGCAAAAGACCAUUUAUAAGCCUAAAUUGCACUAGCUUUGUAUCUUUAAUCAGCAUGUCAGAACUUGCUUUUAAUUAGGUAUAUACACUUGGCAGUAAUUUGCACAGUCACCAACAUUAAAAGGCACAUAUAGGACAAUUGCUAAUGAUAAUUUUUAUUUAGUAAAGAUAUGAAAAUUCUGUACAUUGUUUCAAUAUUGCAGUCUUAUGCAGAAUGAUACAUAAUUCUGCCUGAUUCCAUGAGUCCACAUAAUUUGUGAAUUGAUAAUAAAAGCGUGUAAAACAGCCUACAAAAA